AUGGGCCGAGAGAAGGACUGGGACAGGCAAGGAGGCGAGAAGACCUGCCCACCAAGAAACGAGUAUGGGAGGCACCCUUGCAGCUGCGCGCGGCGGGAGGCGAGCCGGGCGCGCAUUGAUCGCUGGUGUAGACGUAGGCUCUCUGCGCACCCGCGCCCGGCCGGCUGUCGGGAACUCGAGCCGGCUCCGCGCGUGCUUCCUGGAAACGUGCUCGCUGGCGAGGAGCUGCUCGGUGACUGCAGCCCUGGGCCGCCUCGCCCGAGGGCCGGGCUGGGCACCGCGGCGCCCGCGGGCUGCCGCCCCCGCAGGGCCGCCCGGGGCGUGGGUCAGCCCCGGUGGAUCCGGCGCGCCGCCGGGCGGGCGGGAGGGAGGCGGAGGGGGACCCGCCGGGGAAGCCGUGGGGCGGUAUCUCAGCUGCUGAGAGGCGAGCCCGCCUCCUUUCCGGGUAAACUUGCGGCCGCGCCGAGGGGGGUGGUGCCGCGCCGGCAGGGGGCGGGGCCGGCCGUAGCCGCGUCCCGCGAUGUUGCAGGUGGGCCGGGGCCCCGUGAUGGGCCGGCUGGGCCGGUCUCCCGACGCAGUAAGAACCCCCUACCCGCUGCCUCCCAACCAGAACCGCUUGGCACACCUUCAGGCACAGAAUGUUUAUUGGCCACCUACUAUGCGUCUGUGUGGGGUGAGGGGAGACCCCAGGAGGAAUCCAUCUCUCCCGCGCACUCCAAUGAAAGGCCAGCUCCCAACGCCACGCAGAGGAGAAGCACCUCCACCCAACCUCGUGGGCUUGUACCACUCUUCCCGCCUAAGCCCAAUCUUGCAGCCCCCAAGUGCAUUGGGGUGGCAGAAGGCAGCACUCUCCCCCAGCUAGAUGGUUUGCCCCAUAGAUACCCAGGGUACCCUGAGAGUCCCCCAUGGUCCCAGCCUCCUAAGGGGAUCCUUGAACAUUCAUGCCCUUCUGCCCUCAUCCGAAGGCCAUGUGACCUCGGCAUCCCCUGGCCAGAUGUGGGCCCACACCAGGCCCCUGGGACAGCCCUCCAUCUGCUGUGUCAGCAUCCCUCCAGCUCUGGCUGAGCAGGAGUGGAGAGAGGUAGAGGGAAUACCCCCCGGGCCUUACUGGGCCCCCCUGGAAUAAGAACAGCAGCUUCUGAUACCCUCCCCAUCCCUCCCUCCCUGAGCCCUGAGCCCUGAGCCCAGUCUUGGCCUCCUGAGAGAGGAAGGCAUAGUCGAGCUCCACAGAAGGAGAGAGUUCUCCCAGUUUCCUUGGGAAGGAUAGGGAAUGUUCUGAUUUCCAAGCCUUCCCAUGGCCCCAUGGGCAGCUCCUUGCUUCCUGGCGAUAGGACUAGGGAGCUCUCUCCCCCUCCCUCUUCCCCCCCCCACCCCUCCCCAGCAGGCUGGUGCAGGUUGGCACCUGGCUGGUGGCAGCUGAGCAGAGCCUACCCACCCUCAGCUCUUGUCCUCUCCUGGGUGGGAUACGGUGGGUGGGUCAUCUCUGUGGCCUCCCUCCUCCUACUGCCAACCUGCAGUCUCUCCAUCGCUCCACUCCAUCCCCAGUGGGCUUCUCCCGGGGCCCAGAAAGUUCUUCUUUCUCUCACCCCCUGGCCUUUGAACAUGUUUUCCCCGAGGCCAGGGGUCAGCAAACUUUUUCUGAAAAGGGCCAGGUGGUCCUUAUUUGCGUCUCUGCCAUUGUAGCGUGAAAAGCAGACACAGAGAAUUAACAAACCAAUGCGUGUGGCUGUGUUCAAAUGAAACUGUACUGGACAUUGAAAUUUGAAUUUCAUAUAAUUUUCACAUGUCAUGAAAUAGUAUUCUUUUGGUUUGUUUUUCAACUGUUUAAAAAUGUAGAAACAUUCUUUGUUCAUGGGCUGAACCAAAACAGGUGGCAAGUUGGAUUUGGCCUGUGGGCUAGAGUUUGCUGCCCCCCUGUUCUAGGCUGCCCCCUUGGCUAAAUCCUCCUCAGGCCACAGCUCACACAUCCCUUCCCUGACCAGGUGGGAACAUCCGGUUGGACAUACCCACAAUGCCCUGCGCUACUUCUUUCCUAAUAGACAGCCCAGCACUGAGCCUGGCACACAGUAGGUACUCAACGAGUGUUUGACAAUUAAGCGUGCUUCCUACAUAUUGUC